AGAGCAAAAUGGCAGAUACAAACUUGACAGCGAUACUCUAUGCAAAAGGAGACAUUCGACUGGAAGAUACCAGUAUUCCAGAACCAGGACCUGGCCAGGUGCAGUUGUGCAUGCAGCAUGUUGGUAUCUGUGGUUCAGACGUGCACUACUGGCAGCAUGGUAACAUUGGGGACUUUGUGGUCAAGGCUCCCAUGAUUCUGGGUCAUGAGGCGGCAGGAAUAGUCUCCAAGAUAGGGGACGGAGUCACCAGCCUCAAAAUUGGUGACAGGGUUGCCAUAGAGCCAGGUGUACCAUGUCGACGGUGUAUGGACUGCAAGCGCGGCCGCUACAAUCUGUGUCCAGAUAUGGCCUUCUGUGCCACGCCCCCUAUACAUGGGAACCUUGCUAGAUACUAUGUGCAUGAUGCAGACUUCUGCUACAAGUUACCUGACCAUGUGAGCACAGAGGAAGGUGCCCUACUGGAGCCAUUGUCAGUGGGGGUCCAUGCCUGUAAAAGAGCUGGGGUCACACUAGGGACCAAGGUCCUCAUCUGUGGGGCUGGUCCUAUAGGUCUUGUUAACCUGUUGACAGCAAAGGCAUGUGGAGCCUCAGUGGUGUGUGUUACAGACCUGGAUGAGAAGAGACUUGCAAUGGCUAAGGAGAUGGGUGCGGACCAUGUGGUCAAGAUCACGUCCAAGGAUCCCAAGGAAAUGGCCGAUAAGAUUGUAGAGACCUUUGGGGAGCGGCCUGACGUCACCAUAGAGUGUAGCGGUGCACCACCAAGCACAAGGACGGCAAUAUUGUCAACAAGGUCAGGAGGUUGUGUGGUGCUGGUGGGAAUGGGACCAUCUUCCGUGGAGUUGCCCGUCAUGGACGCCGCUGUCAGGGAGGUCGACAUUCGUGGAAUUUUUCGAUAUGUCAACUGCUACCCCACGGCUCUAAAUAUGGUGGCUUCAGGCUCGGUGAAUGUGAAGCCACUGAUCACCCACAGGUUUAAGCUGGAGCAGACCAUGGACGCGUUUGAGACGACCCUGAGGGGAGACGGUAUCAAGGUCAUGAUUGAGUGCAAGAAGUAGCUAACUUCAUCAAGGAAAUCAUUUUGUUCACGACGCCCGCAGGCUGAGGCAGACUUGUUCUGAUGGUUCUGGCUCAACCAUGAGGUCUCUCCAACCCCAUGCCCGUUAAAUCAUUAUUGUUACGUUUGUAUUUUGUAAGUGGAAUUUGUAAUAAUUCCAUCAGUUUUUGCAUUGAUUGUAAACUGAAGUGUAUUAAACCAAAAUAUAAUUGUUGUAUAGUAUAAAAUAAUACAUGUUUUUUUUGUAUCCUCUUGUGGAAUGUUUGUUUUGGUGCAGGUGUAUGUUGGGGUUUUACUAUCAGAUAUGCAUGAUUCAAUUUAUUGAUUUUUAUUUUCAAUGGAUUUGACAAAUACCUUUUUCAAGACAUUUUGAAUUUUGCCAUGCUAUUGCUUUGUUUUAAGAUGAUUUAAAGAUGACCGAAAGAAAACUUAAGCCUUUCAUUAUCUUGUUUUAGUAAUUGUUUCUGACAUAAAGUGUGUCUGACCAUUUUGUGCCAUAAUUGUUGUUUGAUUAUUAAGUCCGUGUAUAUAGUUUAUAAAUAUACUUUCCAUGAACUUUUUAAGCCAGUAUUUUCAUCAUGUUUUAUUUUAUUUCUUUAAUGUCAUUUUGAAUCUUUAUUGGCUACAUUUGAAAUCAUUUUCACUUGUAAAUAUUUCUCUGUAAUUUAACUGUUUAACAUUAAACAUAUGCUCAUGUAUUUAAUACUCGUGUGCAAGCAACUGUUUCCAUUCCUUGCUUUUGAAAAAAGAACAUAUAUAUAUACCAUGUGAUUGGAUAACAAAUAAACUCCCAACAGUACACUA